UUCUGCGCGGUCCGGUAGCAGAACCCGCGUCCCUCUACCUCCGGCCCUCUAUUUCUUCUCUCCAACUUUUUUCCCCGUUCUUGUCUCUCAGCCAUGGCUGCUGGAGCCCUCUUCAGAUGGGCUCUCCUCCCUUCCCCCAAGCACUUGGCUCCUCCUCUCCUCAGAACCCCUCGAUCCCCUCUAACCUUCGCCCGGAUCGAGGCCUUCUCCUCCUCGACCUCCACCACCAAUUCCACCACCAACUACCUGAGGCUGACGGACGAGGAGCUCAUGGCGCAGUGCGACAUGGACACCUUCAAGGCCUCCGGCCCUGGUGGCCAGCACCGAAACAAGCGCGAGUCCGCCGUCCGCCUCAAGCACCGACCCACCGGCAUCGUCGCCCAGGCCGCGGAGGACCGGUCCCAGCAUAAGAAUCGGGCGUCGGCGGUGGCUCGGCUACGGAAGCUUUUGGCUCUAGAAGUCAGGAAGGCGAUAGACUUGAACGAUUACACCCCUCCUACAGAACUUCUUCAGAUUCUACCUGCAAAGUCAACAAUCAGGGGAUCAGAUGUUGGUCCUCAAAUUGGUCCCAAUAAUCCAAAAUUUGCUCCAGGAAUGCAAGCUUUACUAGAUCUGAUAUAUGCUGUUGAAGGCUCAGUGUCAGAGGCAGCAAAAAUAUUGGGGGUAUGAGACCUCUGAAGUGAGAUUCUUGAAGAAAGCCGAGAGUGAUUAUGCAAAAGGCAUGGGAUGCAUGUAUACCUUGGACUACUGAAGGAUCAUCUUGCUGCAUCAAACUGAACAAAUUCUUUUCCAAACCAACCAUGCUAAAAGCUGCAAAUUAGUUUGCUCUGGAGGGAAUUUCAUAUGCUAAUUCAUGCAUCAGACUAUUCAACUUACAUUCUAAAGUCUUUCAGGAGUUCUGCACAAAGUCAACUAGCCCGUUUAUGCUCUAUCAGUCAUGUAUCAUAUCAUCUAUGUAUUAUUUCGGUGUUGCCCAAUGGAGGUUGAAGAAAUAGAUCGUCAUUUUUUGCAUCUAAACUCUAUGAUUGCACAAUGAAAACCCAUUUCAUCUUCA